AUGGAAGCAGAUCCUUUUAUUAAGAUCAUUGUGGUGGGUGAGCAAGGGGUUGGCAAGACUUGCUUGUUGAAUUAAUAUUGUUAUGAGCGAUUUGAAGCAAAUAGUCCUCCAACGAUAGGGUGCGAUUUUACGACAAAGGUGACUUAGACGAAUGGAUAGACUGUUCGAUUAUAAUUGUGGGACAUUGCUGGUUAGGAGAAGUAUAAUGCUGUGAGCAAAUUGUAUGUGAGGGGAGCAUUGGGUUGUUUAAUAGUGUGUGACAUAAAGGAUCCGAAUUCUCUGGAGGAAACUUUGAAAUGGAAAAGUAUAAUCGAGGAGAAUAGUGAUCAAAAUAAUAUUCCAAUCAUGUUGGUGCAGAAUAAGUGUGACUUAGCGAGUGAUGAUGAGAAGACAUCUUAUUAUCAGACUUUAUAAGGUUUUGCGAAAACAAAUAAAUUUUUCUCCUGCAUUCAAACAAGUGCAAAGGAGGGCACAGGGUUGAAGCAACUGUUCACCGAAUUAAUCUAAGAGAUAAUCGACAAAGGAUUACUGGUGAAUCAACAGAAGAAUUUUAAAUAAAGUAAUGGUGGUGUACAAUUAAAUGCUGCUCAAAGUUCAUAGAACCAAUAACAGAAAAAAGACAAGACUUGUUGUUGA